AUGGCCCGGGGGUUUCUCUGUGCCCUGGUGCUGCUGGUGGCCCUGCCACCCGUCCCUGGGCAGGCCGGGGAGUACUGUCACGGCUGGGCCGGCGGCCUCCAGCGCUGGCACCGCGGCUUCCAGUGCCCCGAGCGCUACGAUGGCCCCGAGGCCACUCUGUGCUGCGGCACCUGCAGCUUGCGCUACUGCUGCUCCUCCAGAGAGGCCCGGCUGGACCAGGGCCGCUGCCCCGGUGACUAUCAGCAGCCCAGCCCCAGGCCUCCAGUGCCAGUGCCCGUGUACCUGCCGUUCCUUCUCGUGGGGUCUCUGUUUGUGGCGUUUGUUGUUGGCGGUGCCUGUGUUGGAAUUUGCUGCUGCAAAUGCUUAAAAUCCCAGGAGGAGGAGGAGGAGCAGCAAAGUGGACUUACCCCCGGCCAGACUUGGCUACUAGAACCUGAUCUUCCUUCUCGCCUCUCCAGCUCCAGUUCUGCCACCAGGAGCUCACUGAGUAAUGGUCCUCAGAGUAGCAACAUCUGUGUGACUCUGGCUCCAUCCCUCCCUAUUAUUGGGUUGGCUGAAGAUGCUCAGUUCUUAAGUCCUCUACGCCCCGGUGGACAAUCCUUGCCCCCAUCCCGUGCCAACCACAGGAUUCCGACUGACCCCACCGCGAUAAUCCCUGCGACAGCUUUCCUUAAAAGAACAAUUUAUGGGCACGGUGUUAACACCUCCCCCCUUGGGGUACCACAGGGUGACCAAAUGAUCUACUCGGGAGCUCGUGUCUGA